UUGCCGGAGCUGAUCAGGGCGGCGGGAGGAGGCGGCGUCUCUCUGGCCAUGGGAGCCUUUGGGCGCCCGCUCCACUCCAGCAGCUGCACCAGCAGCGCGCAAGGGCGCACCAGCAGCGCGCAAGGGCGCACCAGCUUGGCGGCGGGGCUGGAGAACCAAGCGGGAACCCUCCCCACGCCUCGGUCGGCCGGGCUGCGAGCCGCGAAGCCCGGAAGCCUGCAGAGUCGGCCAGCCCGGGACACGCAUGGAGGAGCUGGCCAGGCAGCCCUGAAGCCCAGCGCCGGAGCUGGGAGCCAAAUGCCGCCGGUCUAACCCCUCCGAGCCCGUCGCCGAAGCCAAAGGAGGAAGAGGAGGAGGAGGAGGAAGCAGGCCAGCUGCUGGGAUGAGCGCCGCGGCUGCCACCGGCGUCUUCGUGUUAUCCCUCUGCGCCAUCCCCGUCACCUACCUCUUCAACGCUUCGGCUGCCACCGGCAGCUCUUGGGUCAUUGUAGUAGCUGGAGUGUUGAUUCUGCUCUUAGUGGGCUUGGCAGCUCGAUUUCUGGUGAAAAGGAGACCCCCAAGCGACCCACUUUUCUAUGUUUACGCGGUGUUCGCUUUCACCAGCAUCGUCAAUCUAAUCAUCGGGCUAGAACACGAUGGGAUAAUCGAUGGAUUCAUGACUUAUUACUUGAAAGAGGGCGAACCUUAUCUGAACACGGCUUACGGCCACAUGAUUUGCUACUGGGAUGGUUCCGUUCAUUAUCUGAUGUAUCUCUUGAUGGUGGCUGCCAUUGCCUGGGAGGAAAAUUAUCGGAUGAUUGGCUUGUACUGGCUGGGAUCCAUCACAAUGAGCAUAAUUGUCUUUAUCCCUGGAAACAUUGUGGGAAAAUAUGGAACAAGAGUGUGUCCUGUAUCCUUGUUAAGUGUGCCGUAUAUUUGUCUCCCGCUAUGGGCUGGCUUCAAAAUCUAUAAUCAACCACCAGCGGCUGACAAUUUCCCAACAAAGAUCAUUAAAGAAAUUCAGAAGCAAAAUCUGCUGAGAAGACCGACUGACUUUCUCUUGGCUUCGUAUUUCAUUUUGGCAACUGGAUUUUGCCUCUUCAGGGGCAUGAUUGUUUUGGACUGUCCAGGUGAACUGUGUCGACUUUACAGCCAACUUCAUGAGCCAUACCUCAAAGAUCCUGUUGCCUAUCCAAAACUUCAGAUGCUAGCCUACAUGUUCUACUCGGUGCCAUACUACAUAAUUUCGGUCUAUGGUCUGCUUGUACCUGGAUGUUCCUGGAUGCCCGAUUUAACUCUUAUUCAUGCUGGAGGACUAGCCCAGGCUCAGUUCUCACACAUUGGCGCUUCCAUACAUGCCAGAACGCCGUACAUCUACAGAGUUCCCGAUGAAGGGAAGGUGUGGUUUCUCGUUCUCAACGUGAUCCAUGCAGUUCUCCCCCAGCUGUUUGCAUAUCGCUGUGUCCGCAACCCUGAGUUUUUCAUGAAAGCCCAACUGGAAGAGAAGGUGGACUAAGAAGAUGGCUUCAACCUGUGGGGCGUCGCAAAGACGGGGUCCCAAGUUGGAAGCAAAAUUACUGAAAAUAAAAAGACUUCUGUCUUUCAUAAUAUUUCUUUGAGAGCUUGCUUCCUGUUUCCGUCAGAUCAUGGGAAUCUUUCUCCAAACAGAAUCAGUUUUGUUGGGGACUCGCUCCAAGAAUGUUUGUGGGGCGGUGAUGGUGGCGACAUUUAAAACAUUGUGUUGUCCAAACUCUUGUUAAUAAACUCUCUCACUCAUUGUCUAAGUA